AUAAAUCAGUCGGCUCCGCAUGGACCGCAGCAUUAUUGUUAAUGUACAUGAGCAACAGUGUUGGAGUUCUCUCAUGACAAUUUUGGAGUGAGUGAAUGCUGAUGGAAGAUGGGGGUUUAAUGGAUGCUACAAUGAUGCGUAAGAAUAUGGUUCCAAGGAAUAUAAGCAUUGGAAGCAUUGAAGAGUGAAGAGCCUGGUCAUUGACUUAAUCUGGACACGCAAACGAAGAGAGAGAGAGAAAGACUGGUGAUGAAGGAGAUGAAUUUGGACGAUAACUCCAACAGCCUGGUUCAAACUGUGACAAACGGUGACUCUGAGAAGAUUUCGACAUCUAGAUUCUCUUCUCUUUUGGCUUCUAAAGAUCGUGAUUAUCUUCUGUGCUCCAGGGAAGCUGAAGCUGAUCAGCAGGUGAAAAUUUCGGAUCUUGAGGGCAAAGUGAUUGGGAUUUACUUCUCAGCUAACUGGUAUCCACCAUGUAGAAAUUUCAAUCAAGUAAUGAUUGAUGUCUAUGAGCAGCUGAAGAGCAAUGGGUCUAAUUUUGAGAUUGUGUUUGUAUCAUCCGAUGAAGACUUGGAUGCCUUCAACAGUUACCGCGAAAGCAUGCCAUGGCUUUCGGUUCCAUUUUCUGACUUGGAGACAAAGAAGGCCUUGAACCGAAAAUUUGAAGUUGAAGGAAUUCCUUGCUUAGUUAUUUUGCAACCUGAUGAUAAUAAGGAUCGUGCAACUCUCUAUGAUGGCGUAGAACUUAUUUACCGGUAUGGCUUCGAAGCCUUCCCAUUUACCAAAGAAAAGUUGGAGGAAUUGCAAAGGGAAGAGAGGAUGAAGCAUGAGAGCCAGACGGUGAACAAAUUACUAACAAACCCUGAAAGAGACUAUAUUUUGGGUCAAACCACAACUAAAGAGGUGCCAGUUGAUUCCUUGAUAGGUAAGACCGUUGGACUCUACUUCUCAGCGCAAUGGUGCUUUCCAUGUGUUAAGUUCACUCCCAAACUGAUAUCCAUCUACCAGAAAAUCAAGCAAACUUUGAAAGAAAAAAGUGGUGAGGAUUUUGAAAUUGUUUUUGUGUCAAAUGAUCGCGAUCAAAGUUCAUUUGACUCGUACUUUGGUACAAUGCCAUGGCUAGCUUUGCCUUUUGGAGACCCCACUAUUAGAAGCCUUGCAAAAUACUUUGAUGUGCAAGGCAUUCCUUGUUUGAUAAUUAUAGGGCCUGACGGCAAAACUGUAACCAAGCAAGGUAGAAGCCUUAUAAAUCUUUACCAGGAAAAUGCAUACCCUUUCACUGAUGCCAAAGUGGAGUUGCUAGAGAAAGAAGUGGAGGAGGCAGCUAAGAGCUUACCAAGAUCUGAGUAUCAUGCAGGUCACCGCCAUGAGCUUACUUUGGUAUCUGAAGGCACUGGAGGAGGGCCCUUUAUAUGCUGUGAUUGUGACGAGCAGGGGUUUGGUUGGGCUUACCAAUGUCUGGAAUGUGGGUACGAGGUGCACCCCAGGUGCAUGAGAGCUUUGCCCUCUGCAGGCUCAAUUGAAGGCAGGUGACUUUGAGCUGGUGCUUGUGCUAAUAAUUAAUUGUUGCUAAUUGAGCUUUGAUUAAUCUGCUAUAAUCAGGAUGAUCAGACCUCCUGUUUGUUGAUCUAGUGUAGGGAUUGGCUAGCUUUCCCUUCAUCUAUGUUCUAUAAACUGUUAUGUGGGUUUCUACUCGGAAUAUUAUUGUAGCUAAAACAAGAAGAAUGUGUAUUCAAAUUAGCUAGCAUUGUAGUGGUUGGAAGGCGAUGAUCGUGCUUUUUUUCCCUUCUUUAGUCACUUGAACUAACGCAUCUGCAAUUGCUGCAAAUUGAGUGAUGUUCAGCUUGAUUGUUGGCCUCAAGAUAGAUGAACCUGCCUGAUUUUUACUUAUGAGUAUGUCAAAUGAAGUCCCCUUGCUCAACAAUCAUAUUGUUGGAGAAUAAGUCUAUAUUCAACCCAUAAAUUGGAAAAAACAAAUAAUUGUAGAUUUUGGAUAUGAGACAAUAACUGUGGGAUACAGUCCCUCCACAUGGCCAUGGCCCAUGGGUAUCAAAUUGCAAAAGGCUCCGUAUACCAUUGUUUAUUUUCUUUGUUGAUUACGGUAUAAUUUGAACGUGUGA